AUGCCUAUCAGAGCGACUAUCACGCAGUUCAGGGCUAAGCUGUGUCGUAUCAAGAGGGAUUACCGCUGCCAAUCUUUCGACACCGUGAAGAUCUGCCGCCUCCUUAGAGACGACUUGAAGCUCGAUCCUGAUGGUGCGGAGUACCUCUACGUCGAGAGUCUCGCCUGCGCUGCCCUCGCUUCUGCUGUGUCAGACGAAUCAGAUGCGCAGCCCGCCUUCGAGGCCUUCCGUUUAGCCGUGAAGCAAUUGAAGGACAGGAUGGAUGUUGAAGGCAUCCAUAAGCUGGAAAAGGCAGUGCAAAGCGCUAGUCAUAGGGCAGUGAAGGACAGAGAAGCUCUGCAAAAGGCUCAAGUUGUGUACGAUGAAGCAAAGCGGCGCGCAGAUGAAGCUGCAGAGAAAGAGCGCCUUGCAAAUGAGGCUGCUGCAAGAGAAGCUGCUGCAAGAGGGACUGCUUCCAGAGAUACCGGAUCAGAUGCUACCCGGAAAGACAACAGUACAACCUCCAGAUGCCAGCUCGUUGAUUUCGCUGUCGCGCCUUCUUUCCCGUCGCCCGAAUUCUUCGAUCGACCCUUGCCGGAUCCUCCUUCCUUGAACAGAUUCAUCGCGAAGUUAAACCUCACGGUGAACCCGAGCAUAACCAUACCAGAACUUCUUUUUCGAUUCCAACGCAAGUAUCGUGCAGCGAAGCUCGAGACACAUCUUUUCCCCCUCAAGUUCAUCAAGUGCCCAAACUUCUACGCCGAGUCUGCGCUCCUGAAUCUCAACUUGACAAACGCUCAGCCGUUACGUAACGAAGAACUUAGGCGCGCCAUCGCCGACAGGAUGCCUAUAUGGGUAUAUGGAGACCGCCCAGGCAACGCCUAUCAGCUUGAGCGGCCGUCCUCUCCCCACUCGUGGCCGUUUGGUCGAGUGCGCAGCGUCAGCAUUGUACCGCCCUCUAUCGCAGGCGAACAGCCAAUAUGGGUAUUCCGAGAUCUACAAGGACAACUUACGCCCAGCCACUCUAUCUUCCGUGCGGACUUCUCUCCAGGACACUUCGAACGCAUGUCUACAGGUCAAAGGAUAUAUCGCAACGAGGACCAACAACUCUGGAUCGGACCGAUUCGGACGCCCCGUGAACCAUGUCCUGAGCCUUCCAGUGCCGCCCUGCUGCCUCCACAUCAACUUCUCGCCGCCCCCGACACCUCGACAUCGUUUCAAGACCACGCUGGGGUCCUACAUCAUAUCAUUGAGGAAGUCGACUUCGCACCGCGCCCUUCUGCCCCGCUCUUCCAGGAACCUCUCACUGCUUCUGGUCGUAGUCCUCAGCUGCCGGAGUUGAGCGAUCUUCCGAGCCCAAGAUUGUCGGGGCUCACAACCCUACGUUCGCCUUCGCCCCUUCAGGGCUCGUCCAUGCAGCCCGCGUUCCCUGAGCCAGCGUUGGCGCCAUCACAGCUUACACAUGCUCUCGGAUACCAAUCUCCGCCUACGCUCCCGAUGCCCUCACCGUCUAUCCCGCCCAUUGAGCGACCGCCGCCACAUGCCGGUGUUGGCUCAAGCGGAGCGCGCGGUGUCAGAUUACCGCCAUCUAUCCUCCAUGGUUUACCUUUGCCAAACGUGCCUGCGCAGUAUGCCGUCUCGCCGCCAAUAUCUUCCUCAAGCGCGUAUUCUCUAAGCUCUGCAAGCGACACGCGCGUGCAACCCCCUUCUCCACCCCCGUCUUCUACAUCUUCAUCGUCAAUAGCAUCAAUCCCUCCAUUGCCUGCUCUUACGCGCGGGAGCACCUCGACAUUGAGCGACGCCCUAGACGACGAGUCUGAGGUCCUGAGUCCUGUAUCAGCGGCAUCGCCUACCCUGUCCGCGCCGGGUGCAACGACGUUCGGCCCCAUGCCACAUCCUGCACCGUCUCGUACACCGCCUGCGAGAGAGCUGUCGCCAGGACCCGCACCUAAAAAACCGGCGAAGGUUGGCGUAUGGUCGCGCGUCAAGUCAUUCUACACGUCUGUGUUCCAGGCAGCCGCUCAAGAGACGGGGCAAGGAAACGGUCAACGUAUGCCUGGGACGUUAUGGGGAUGA